AUGGCUUCCUGCUCUACGUUCAACCUUUCACCAGGUCCAAAACCCACAAAACCUUUACCUCAUUCGCUCCUAAAACCACUGAUUCACGAACCCGAAACCGAGAGCCGAACCCAAAUCCAAACCCCUUACCCAAAGCUCAUAAUCACUGGUCCUUCCAAGCUCUCCGGCCAUGUACCCAUCAGCGGCUCCAAGAACUCAGCUUUACCCAUUCUUGCAGCGACCCUUUGCUGCUCAGGCACUUCAAAGAUUCACAAUGUGCCCAAUUUGUUGGAUACCCGCACAAUGGCUUCGGUUUUAGCUUCUCUUGGAGCCAAAGUUGAAGUCUUUAAUAAUGAAAUGUUGGUUAACACUGAUGGGGUUGACUCAGUUGAGCCUAAUUCGGAUGAAAUUCGUAAGAUAAGAGGUGGAUUUUUCGUCAUUGGCCCGUUGGUAGCCCGAUUCGGCGAGGCUGUGGUUGCAUUGCCCGGUAUUGAUCAAUUAACCAUUGACUCAAAAGUUUUAGCUAUAAAGACUUUAUUAUUUCAGUUAUUUGAUAUCUACAAGAAGAAUGUAAUUCCUAAUGUGGUUCAAAAUGUGCAAAAUGUUGUUGCAACUUCUACUAGUCAAACUCCUGAUUCUAUAUCUGUCCCUAUAAUGAGAAAUUUCUCUAUUGAAGAAGUUGUUGAUGACAAUCAAUUUAGUCUUUUGGGUUGGUGGAAAAACAAUCAAUCAUUAUACCCUGUUGUUUCCCUCAUGGCUCGAGAUUUGCUAACUAUUCCAGCUUCUACUGUAGCAUCAGAAUCAUGUUUCAGUGCAGGUGGUAGAGUUGUAUCGGAGAAAAGGGCUAGUUUGAGUCCGAGUACAAUAGAAGCUUUAAUUUGCUUGAAAGAUUGGGGCUUGGCAGAUUCAAGAAAGCAAGAUGCAUUGGUGGAUGAGCAACGAGCUGAAGAAUUAAUGAACAUUAGAGCAUCAAGACCAGAUUGGAUGGUAGACAGUGAAGUUGAGAUUGUUGGUGAAUCUGAAAAUGAGACCAUUCAAAGUUGA